CCCAUCACCACCAUUAUUAAAUAACUAAUACCAAACAACGUAUACCUACACCUACAAGUACACCUAUCUCCUCAACUUCCCGAGAAGACACCUUUACAGCCCCGAGAAGAAAACCCCACCAGAACGAAAUCAUGGUCCGCGCCCUCAAGCACCACGAGAAAAAACUCCUCCGCAAGGUCGACUUCCAUACGUACAAGUCGGACAACAACCACCGCGAGUCGACGAUCCGCACGCGCUACCACCUGCAGGACCCGCUCGACUACCGCAAGUACAACAACCUGUGCGGCUCGCUGCGGCAGCUGGCGCACAAGCUGAGCGAGCUGGACCCGGCGGACCCCGUGCGCCGCAAGCUCGAGGCCGACAUGCUGGACAAGCUGUGGCGGAUGGGGAUCCUGAAGCAGAGCCGCGAGCAGGGCGCCGGGCUGUCGCGAGUCGAGCACGAGGUGACGGUGUCGGCGUUCUGUCGGCGGCGGUUGGGCGUGUUCAUGGCCCGCUCUGGGAUGGUGGAGAAUGUUGUUGCUGCCAACACAUUCAUCGAACAAGGCCACGUUCGGGUCGGAACGGAGGUCGUCACCGACCCCGCGUACCUGAUCACCCGCAACAUGGAGGACUUUGUGACCUGGGUCGAUAGCAGCAAGAUCAAGCGCACGAUCAUGAACUACAGGAAUAAGGUGGAUGAUUUCGAUUUGUUGUGAUGAUGAUGUGAUGAUACCCUUGAGGAAAGAAUGGUGUUCUGGCGUUAUGAUUUUUUUUUCCGUAUAAAAAGUUGGGGUGAUUGAUGCUUGCUGUCAGUCUUAUCUGUAUAAAACAUAAUCCCAAGACAGGUUGC